UUGCGCAGUUUGCCCGAGGCUCAGUACGACGGACGUGGUGCUACUGUCUCGUAUUCUGUGGAAGGUUAUUACCUAUCACGAAGCCCAGCAGAACUUUCAGGCUUGGUGAUGAUUUCGGCAUCUCUCCCCGGGGAAACGAUUGGCUUGAGCGCCCAGGGAGGCAUGACCUGUUGACGUCGAGCUGGAAUGAGUUGUCGCUCUCCCUUGAACCGGUCAAUGCAGCAGAGCCGCAUCAGAACCAAUCCCCCACGCUCGUUCGUCUGGUGUGCUGCCGUUGAGUCCCUUUGGGGGAUGCGCCCCCCAGUCUUCAUCUAGCGAACGUGGCGGAGUGCAUUGAUCUCGCACGGUCGAGCCUGAGGCAUCGACUGAGCACGUUCUCUUCUCACCUCAUCUCUUCUCAGGCCUUUUCUGACUCGAGAAGCAGAACUAUCGUGGAGCGAAAAAGGUUCAUUUUGUUUUGGACUGGCCGGGACAGAUUCGUUUCCCUUUUCCACCAAGCUCCCUUUGUAUACUAACCUGCUAGGGCCAGUUCAAGUGGGAUAGCGCGCGACGCCGUGUAUGUUUGGGGUGCGACGGACGCUGUAGAACCGUAUGCAGCUAGGCCAAUCGUUGCAUUCUCACCCAUCUCUCUUCACCGGUUCGCGGGGUUGCGACGAGAAUGUGCGCUGUGCUGCGCAUUUUGAACAUUGGCACCCGAUCAAUCAAUCUAUCCUUCCCGUUUCUCUCUUUCAGCUGUGCGAGACAUUUCUUCCAUCUCCAUCUCGCCGUCCCCUCGAGUAAUCAACCGCGCCUUGCCCUUCUUACCUACUGCUUGCACCCAUUCGUCGCUUGUGUGCUUUCGGCUUACCGCUCCUUGAGGCCCACCCUGGGCGGAUACGAGCUUUGCGGUGCUGAGCGGUGCUGUGCUUGCUCUUGCGGCCACCAGCAUCAUUACGUCUUGUUGGUUGUCGACUUCACAAGGCAUCUUGCAAGGCGACUGAUGCGCACGCUCGCCCUUUUGCUGUUUGUUUGAUACUUGCCGGCCUGCUGUUGAUGAAUGCUGUUUGCCCACCAUGUCGUUUCAACCCCAGUACCACCAACAAACGCAGUACUACGCGCCGUUCCAGUAUCAGGACUCCCAAGUAAACCCGGAAGUGUUUGUCGGAUAUGGUCCUGGCGACGCCCACCGGUCCAAAACCCCGACCUCUCUCAUCAACCACCCUAGAUAUUCUCCUGGCCCUUUGAGCACGCCGCCGCUGAGUCGCAACGCAUCCCAAGCACCCGAGUCUCUCUCCGACCAGCCUCCCGAGCAAAUGGUCUACGAUGAUUCUUUUGGCAGUUUGUCCAACUCUCCCACUUCUGUAAGGACGCCGGACCACGAAGCGUUCGAGGUCGAAAUGCUCGACUCGCCGUUGCGCGACUAUUACAACAAUCAGAAUGGAGGCAUGGCCUCUACCCAUGUCGCCCCAGGAACCAUUCCGGCAAUGGACGCGACCAUGUAUGCCUUUACUGACCAAGAUGCUUUGAACACUACACUGCCAUCCCAACCGCAGCAUUUUCAUCCUCAGCAGACACAAUUCACGAUGCAAUCACGACCUUUGCAGACUGGCAUGGCUUCUCAGUCUUAUCAACCAUACCUAGGUCACGACUAUACAAACCAGCCAUCUAGACAGGAUCCAUGGAGUGGUCAGGUUCCUCUGCGCAAUUCUAGCAUCCCUCGAUCAGGUGUGGCCGUCUUUGACCCGGUGACGGACCCAACGGUAAUACCGAUUGAUUAUUCUGCCUUCAACGUGAACGACAUCGGAUCUUGGACAAUGAACAGCACCGAUCCGAACUAUCUCGUGUCGCCAAAUGACCCCCAAGCACCCCCUCAAGAUGUCUUCAACAUAGCAAACCAGAAUUUUAUGGCGCCGCAACUGCCUCACUAUCAUCUUGGGGCUCAGAUGCACACUGGACGAGACAAUCCUGAAAUGAGACUUACGACAGCGUCUCCAACCCCCGCCGCUCAGAAUCUAGACAACCACGGCUCGUCUUCGUCUGCGUUCAAGGAAACAUACCCAUCAGAGACUAACUCGAGCCUGUCAUUAAUCACCUCCAUUGAGCAGCCCACGAGCCCCUAUCCCGUAACAAGCCCUCUCGCCGUAGCUUCAAGCCCUGGGAGCUCUGACAACAUGUCUUACUACCCACAGUCAGAUCCAGACAACACACUCGGCGGAUCACCCCAAAGGCAGCGCUAUCCUAGCACAUCUCAUUCUCCGCCUUCGACAGUGGGGGCAGAGCAUUCACCAAGACCUAUACCAGAAGUUACGUUCGAUAUAUCACCAGAGCCCGAACGCCACCACAUGCCGGGACCCAUCCGUCGAUCGCGAGAGUCCAAGACGCUCAACCGUCCCGGUGGACGAGCCCUCGGAACGCACUUGGAGCCCCGCGUUGCCAAAGCCGCACACGACAUGCGAAAGACGGUGGCGUGUUGGCAUUGUGUGCUGCAACGAGACAAGUGCGGCCCUGGUGAUACUUGCGACCGGUGCUUUAAGCGCUCGCAGCGCCCCAAUGCCGAUUGUGGCCUUGGGUGCUCGCGCAUUAAGCUCAUCGAGCUGGCAAACUACUUUUUGCCCUCGCUCGUUAUGCAGAUCCACGAGGAUACGAACCUUAUGCGAUUUGUGUCCCAGUUCAUCCAUCGGUGGAACAACCAGGAGAUUACCGUGUACAUAACAUGUUCGCAAAAAGGCAUGCCACGCAUCCCCGUCAAGGUGUACGAAUUCGUGCCGCUAGGCAAGGAGUUGUUGGAGCAGAUACAGUAUCGAACCGACCCCGAGACGCAGCAGCGGAUUCCAGUCAAGAAGGAAAGCCCGCCGCUUGGGAUGGUACACAUCAACCACAACGAGGAGAAGAAGUACGACAGAUACGUUUGCGACAUUGUCGACCACCACCUCGACGCCUUUGCGGAUAUCUGCUGGGCCGAAGACGACAACGACUUCACACCACGCCUAUUCAAGCUCAUGACACGCGUGAAGCCAAAGAGCGACGACGAAGCCAAACUCUUGCGAGAAGUCUACCGCCUCAUCGUCACCACAUAUAUCAUGUCCCACACACUCACCAUCGCCGAGGAAACCAAACACCAAACCCUCCGCAAGCUCCACUCGUACGUCUCCCCAGACACAUACGUGCAAAACUUCACAUCCCCACGCAUGACCAACCGCCAACUCAAAUACUUCUUCGCAAAACUCCAACGCAGCAUCCUCUCCACCGUGCUCAACAAACUCCAACAAAUCUUCAAAUCCUCAAAGGGCUGCGAUAAAUGGGUUGCGGCAUUUGUAAGCGUGGUCGGCAUGUGCAUGGCGCACGAGGACCAGCAGAAGACGAUCCACCAGGUCAUGGCUACGCGCGCUGCGACUGAAAACAUGGACGCCCGCGAAGCGCAGAUGCAGGCUGAAUUUGCGUGUCGCGAGAUUGACGACCGCAUGCAUUUUGUCUCGCAGAUCUUCCGUUGGAAGUAUAACCGCAAGUGCAAUCCGCUCAAAGACCCGGAUCAUGCGUGGGAGAAGGAAGUCGGGUUUGGAGAUGAGAGUAGUGCGUUGUUUGUGAGGAAUGUUGCACAGUUGGUCAAGGAGAACACGGAUUACCUCCAACAGCGUCAGAACAUCAGCGUCUCUGCGUCCAACCAGGGCAAAUACACGGCGAGGCUGCUCAGUAAAUUCGUCCUCUCCUUCUGGCUUCCUUAG